AGUUACCGCCCCGGGACCUCUUUGGGUCACUCGUGCGAGAGGGGGGUCAGAGAGAUGAUCGUUUGGCGAACGCAGAGGGCCUGAGCACCAAGGUCACGUGCGUCAGCUGUGCCGCUUCUGAUCCAUGAAGUAGCAUAUCAGUCUCAAGUUGCGGUACAUUCGGCGCAGACACUCAAAACAGGUUGUAAGACCUCUGGAUUGACGUGCGAGAGAUGAGUAAGGCGAUGUUUCCAUCAUUCGUUGGCGCCCUCGUCGUCGGGCUGGUCACAGUCAUCUUCACCUUCUCAAUCAAGCUUUACCAUGCUCGCAUGUUGCUUAUAAAACGCCGACGGCAAGGACUUCCUACAGCCCCGAACCACUCGUUUCUCUUCGGUCAUCUACUCUAUCUCAAGACAAUACUUGAUCACCAUCCAAAAGAUGCACACUACCAAUUUGGAUUUGCGGCAGUCGCUAGAGAAAAUUUUGCUGCUGAGGGCGCAUUUUACAUUGAUCUUUGGCCGAUGAGCGGAUUAUUUCUGACCGUCGUCUCACCGAAAAUUGCAACUGAGAUAACGCAAUCCAAUCCAAAUCUCACUUCCGACCGUCCUCAGCUUCUUCGCCGAUUCUUGAAACCCAUCACCAGCGGUGCUACGAUCUUUGAUAUGGACGAGAAGGACUGGAAGCCGUGGCGGGCUAUGUUCAACAAGGGGUUCCACAAUGAGCGCAUGUACAGUCUCGUGACCAGCAUGGUCGAAGAGGUGCAAGUAUUUGCUACAGAUUUGCGUGGGUACGCAGCGAGAGGAGAAAUCUGCUUAUUGGAUCCGCUCACGUUACGUUUCGCUAUCGAUGUGAUAGGAAGGACUGUCCUGAACACCUCGCUGCACGCACAGACGGGCUAUAACGAGCUCGCAGACAGCAUGCUCAGCCAGGUCCGUUGGCAUAAUUCCAACGCAGAAGUAAACCCUUUCAGUCAUUUUAAUGUCGUACGCUCCUUUGUCCAUUGGAAGAACACGAGGAACAUGGAUCGGUAUAUUGGUGCGGAAUUGGAUAGGAAAUUUCAAGAGUAUAGGACGGAUCCUGAGAGCGCGUUAUCGAAGUCUGUGAUCGACCUCGUGCUACAGAAGUACCUCAAAGGAUACGAAAGGUUACCCACCAAGCUAGACUCCAAUUUCCGAGCCUUUGCAAUCCGCCAGAUUAAACUUUUUAUAUCUUCGCAGGGUACGACUCAACAGGAAGUACCAUCUGCUACUGUUUCCAUCUUCUCUCGCAGCACCCAGAGGUAUUCUUCACAAAUAUGCGUCAGACAAUCAGCAACUGACCAUCGCUGCUGUCAGGUUCUGAAGACCCUCCGCGAAGAACACGGUCAAGUGCUCGGCUCCGACCCCACAGCCGCUGCUUCUCUCCUCGCCCGAGAUCCACGCACCAUAAACAGCCUGCCCUACACACUGGCAGUAGUAAAAGAAGUCCUCCAACUCUUCUCGCCAGCAGGCACCACGCGCGCGGGCAAACCCAGCGUCAGCGUCACCGACGAUGCCGGGAACAUGCUGCCCACCGACGACGCCAUUCUCUGGAUCCUGCACGUAGAGAUGCAUACUUCGCCUAACUACUGGGUACGUCCGACCAAAUUCUUGCCUGAGAGGUGGCUCGUCCCGCCCGGACAUGAGCUACACCCAAGGCCGGGCGCGUGGCGGCCUUUUGAACUGGGGCCGAGGAACUGUGUGGGGCAGAGUUUGGUGCUUAUCGAGCUGAGGGUAAUCUUAGCUUGCUUGGUCAGGGAGUUUGACGUUGCGCCUGCGUAUGAGGAUUGGGAUAGGCUGCAUCCGAAGAAGGGGACACAGGUGCUACGGGGGGAGAGGGCGUAUCAGGUUGAGCAGGGGGCGGCGCAUCCGGUGGAUGGGUAUUCUUGCUGGGUGAAGGUUUUUGGGACAAAGCGAAAGAUGUUGCCCUAUGGACUAGCAUGGAGUUCGAAGAAGCAAGAAAAGUUGAAAUUAUAUGCCGCCUCCGAGUCUACUGACACAUGA